UAUUGUUUAAAUGUUUAAAUGAUUUUUUAUAAUAAAACACAUUUAUCUGUUUAAAUCUGUUUAUCUGAUGAGACCUGACCGUUUGUACAGAGACGUAUCGGUCUGAACUGAGCGUCACCUGACGGGUGUGUGGGGGAGGGGGCGUGGCUAAACGAAGCUCAGGUGUUCUAGUGUGCAGUGCUGAGCUCGGACGGAUCCAGGAUUUGACAGACGAAGGUGAAGAUUACCGGCUGUUUGUUUUUUUAGAGAAAGCCAACAGGGAAUUUCUCUGCAGUAAGUUUCUCAGCAUGGCCCUGAUUUGUUUAUCACUUAUUCAAUUAUUCGCUCCUCGUUGAGGCCACUUCUGAUCUGCAAAGCAGUGAAACUGAACAUUUGCCAAACAAAACUGCAACAUUAGAUGCCAGGAGACACGCCUUGACGUGAGUCAGAAGACUGCAGAAACCUUCGGCAGGAGAACAAGAUGCCUGUGGUUAAGGCAGAGGACGAGGUCGCGACUCAGACGGCCGUGGAGACGACGGAAUCUCAGAACGCAGAUCCUUCUAAAGGCCGGCGCAGGAAGAGGCCUCUGCAGCGGGGAAAACCUCCGUACAGCUACAUCGCUCUCAUCUCCAUGGCCAUCGCCAGCUCCCCUGAUCGCAAGCUCACUCUCGGUGGCAUCUACAAGUUCAUCACAGACCGCUUUCCGUUUUAUCGGGACAAUUCCAAAAAAUGGCAGAACUCGAUCAGACACAAUCUGACUCUAAACGACUGCUUUGUGAAAAUCCCCCGAGAACCGGGACGACCUGGGAAGGGCAACUACUGGGCGCUGGACCCAAACGCAGAGGACAUGUUCGAGAGUGGAAGUUUCCUGAGACGCCGCAAACGCUUUAAACGCUGCGACUUUGCCACCUACACCGGCACGUCCUCAUCAUACCAUCACGACUCGCCCAUUUUCUCUCCUGUACAGAUCACAUCAUCCGUCUACGGCUCGGUGUACCCGACCUACGCGCCGCAGAUCUCUCCCCCGUACUACCCGCCGUCCACCACCGGAUUCGGUUCCAGCCAAUCUCGUGUGUUCAGCAUCAACACCAUAAUCGGCUCUGGUGGUUUAGCACACAGCCCCCCGGAGACGCAGCCGGUGCAGCCGUCGUGCCGCAACUUUAAUCAAGAUGGAGGAGGAUCGUGUUCACUAAACUCCAACCACAUCACCUUCUCCUACCCCAAUGCUGGGAAUCAUGGGUACGGGCAGGCCGCUCAGGGCAUGUUCACGCACAACGGCACGCAGAACUACAUACCCUCUGGGCGACUCGGGGUCACGGGGUCGUCCCCCAUCACCGCGGAUGUAGCUAACGACCCGUACAUCCACAACGGUGGCGGAACAGGCGGGUACAUGAGACCCGUCACAUACACGUCCUGCAUGGACAGGUUUGUGUCUGCCAUUUAAAAACUAUGAAGGUGCUAAAAGCCCCAAAGAGACAAAUGAAUAAAAAGAACUGCUGCGUGUGACCAUGUGACCGGUCUGUAGGCAGUUACACAGAUAUUUAAAGACUCAAAUCAACUCUUACCUGAGAUUAAGGAGGGAAUUUUAUCUUCUGCACAUAAGAAAAAAAUGGCAGUAUCUCAGGUCACGUUAUUAUCCUGUAACGUCACCUAUACUGUAUAGUCUGUCUGUUUCUCUCUCUCUCUCUCUCUCUCUCUCUCUCUCUCUCCGAAGUGGAAUGGCAUUUUUAAAGACUUGAUGUUAUCAGUUCAGCACAAUUCACCUCACUGACUCCGAAAAGAUAUUUACACCUGAACAUUUUAACUGUAACCAAAAUAAAAAUGCACAUUGUUUAGAUUAAUGAGAUAUUUACAGAC